AUGUCCAAGUCUAAAGAUGGACAGUCCUCUGGGAGCUUUCACCAGGAUUACAUUGCGUCGCUGCGCUACCGCAAUGACCUACCUCCUCCGGACAUGCCCCCCAAGUUUCUCGACAUCCCGCACGAGGGCUUGAGCCGCUUCCUCACUCCCGGCUUUGCAUCAAACCUGGCGCGUCGCGAGGAGCCAAAUAUCGAUGUCGAUGCUGAAGGUGGAAUGCCCAUUGACCUGGUCGGUAUUCCGGGAUUACACUUAGGCGAUGAGAGUGCUAUCAUGGCCCCCGAAAACCCUCAGCCUAUUGAUCCCGCUGAUCUCCCACUCCUCAUGAGCAUUGAUCAACUCCGAAACCCCGUCCAGAAGAAUACCAAUGUCAGCUUCCUUCGCCGCACACAGCAUAUCUCGGUCGACCGCACCGCUGGGGCUGGAGCCGCUGUACCUGCCAAAACGCAAUCACGGCCAAAUAAGAAAGGAAAGCCUUCAAUUGAUGAUCCUAAGCACGUCAAGAAGUUCAUCACAAAGGGAUUCGAUAUUGCUUACCCGCAGAGCAAGCACACUGGAGAGGAUACCGAGAGCCGCGUCCGAGGCCUUCCCCCCACAAAGGCGGAAGUGGAUGCCUGGGCGAACCCAGUCCACCCUGAAAACUCCAAGCUGAAGCCAGUCGGCUUCUUUCCUGUCUUGCCUGACCUGGAAGGAUUCCCCGAACCUGGCGGUUUCCUUCAAUUCAAGUUUGACAAGGCACCUGUGGCAGCCGUCGCAGGCAAGCGGGACAAGCGCAUGGAAGUUGGUCUUCUGAGCCCGGCCGCACCCGAGCAACGUAUUGUUCACGAGCAUGAGUCCAAGAUGGCUCUUCACGACGCGAACCCUAAUCUCUACCCUCACCCGGGCCCAGUGCCCUUCGACUACCGCCUAUUUCUACCUGAGAAGACCGAAGCCUUGAAGAAAAUUCACACGAGCAUGAGCCUGACACAUCCAGACAGAAACGACCCAGAACUUUACACCCACGAGUCCGACGGCAACAAAUACCACCGCUAUGAUCGUGCCCGCACCUACGCAACAAGCGCCCAGACCUUCAGCAACGAACAAAAAGACAUCGCAAUUACCCUUUUCAAGCCGAAAGACGGCGAUACCAGACAACUGGCCGCCUACUACUACCCCAUCAUCGGCAAGGCCCGUCUCAAGCCCGAGCGUGCCCGUACCAUCGCCCAGGCCGGUCUGGCACCUACAUCUACCCAGCAGGAAGAGCCAGAGGAGCAAGUCGACCAGAUGCACGUCACGGUCCGCGAUCCCGACGAGCAAGAAGUCUACAAGCGUGCCACGCACCGCCUGCAGGUCGAUCCCAAGUUCGCGAGCAACAUGCCGCCUGAACCUACGGUCGUGGAAGAGGAGCAGCCAAUCGAGAACGAGGAUGCCGAUAAGCCCGCUGAGGAUACUCGCAUGAGUGAUGAUGACGAGUAG